UUUUGAAGUAUUGUUGAAGUUAAUUUUCAAACAUGAGCGAAUCGUCGGAAAUGGGUACCUAUCGUAAAACAAAAAUUUCGUCCGAUUAAGAAUAUAAUGUACAAUUCAUGACUAACCUUCUUUGGGGUGCUGGUUCUGCUUUCCUCUGCCUGACUGCCACUGAGGAAAGCAUAUACAUAUAAAUAAUAGUUUGUCACGAGGGAGGAGAGUACGGUGGUGGUGGGUGAUUGAUAGAUCCAAAUGGGUGCCAUAACAGCAACUAUCGGAGACGCAGUGCUUACAUUCCUGUGGGUGUUCAGCGCAUCCUCUCUAGGGGCACUGACUACGGUAAUAGCUACUGCCCUCGGGGUUCAAGGAUUGGUCUGGCCUUCUCUCUUCAUCACCACGGUGCUUUUAUUUCUUCUAGUCUUCGUUUUCACCGUGAUCGGCGAUGCCCUGGGUGGGGCCAGCUUCAACCCUGCGGGCACCGCCUCAUUUUAUGCCGCCGGCUUGGGUUCUGACACCCUCUUCUCUAUGGCUCUACGAUUCCCUGCUCAGGCAGCUGGUGCGGUGGGUGGCACUUUGGCAAUCAUGGAGGUGAUGCCAAAGCAGUACAAGCACAUUCUUGGUGGGCCUUCUCUCAAAGUUGACUUGCAUACUGGAGCCAUUGCCGAGGGCUUGUUGACUUUCCUCAUAAGCUUUGCUGUCCUUUUAAUUAUCCUCAGGGGUCCCCGUAGCGUGAUAGUGAAGACAUGGUUGCUUGCCGUGGCAACUGUAUUGUUAAUCGUUGUGGGUUCUAACUACACCGGACCUUCCAUGAAUCCUGCCAAUGCUUUUGGUUGGGCGUAUAUAGAGAAAUGGCACAAUACAUGGGAACAUUUUUAUGUCUAUUGGAUCUGCCCCUUCAUUGGAGCAAUAUUGGCAGCUUGGAUUUUCCGGUUUUUUUUUCCCUCGCCCCCAGCAAAACAGAAGAAAGCUUGAAGAGGCACAAUAGCUUAUCUACUCAUUUACUUCGACCUUGGGGAACUUACCAGCAAUGUUGGGACUCUCUUCACCGUACGGAUGUUAAACUCUUGUCUAUGAUGAGUUUAACAUAUUAAUCUCAAAUGCUAAGAACAUCAUAAAGGAUAAGUUUCUAAUAGAUGAUAUGAAAAACAUGGAAGUUUUCUA